AUGGCGAGCUCAUCCACUUCUCAGAAUUCUGCUCCAAAAGUUAUUGAAACCAUAGUGGAAGCCGGCAAGAAAGCAUUUGAGCCCAAUCUCGAUGCCGCUGCCCGCACUUCCGGGCUUGAAGAAUACAACCGAGUCAUCGAGAGUACGGAGACUUGGGCGCUUCUUCCUGCUCUAAAUACCCUGAUCAAGCCGAAUGUGCUCCCGCCAUGGCUCCGCGACCCGUUGCUCCAAACGCUGACCCGUCUCCCGCUGCGGCAGGACGGCGUGCGCGGGACCAUGGAGUUUGUAUUCUCGGUGCACCCCAGCAACGUCGGCAAGGCCACUGAUUCCAGUGCACCGGAGAAACAAGGCGCCAGCAUCACCCAUGAAGCCGUCGCUGUCGCCACAAGGCUGCUGUCGUCAGUGCCUGCGAGUAUGACGCCCCAGGCGUGGUUCAGCGGCAUAUCAGACCAGCUCCUCCGGCUCAUGGAUGGAGAGGGCGGUUUGGAUCUUUCAAAGACUGCUGCACAAGUCGUUGGGUACGGGAUUUUGGGAAGGAAGCAGUUCGGUGCACCGGGAACUGCAGGAUGGGAUGCCUUCGUCCAGCCAUUAUUAGAAAACCUGAACCCUUCUCUUAACAAGAAUGAGGAUUCAGCCAUGAUCAAGGAAGAGAAUGAAAUCGUUGACCUCAGCCAGGACAAAAUCCUCGUCAAAGCCGGACCGCUCAAGACUUCCCUUCAACGCCUAAGUAUUCUACUGCUUUCCAACCCAUCCCCAGGGCUAUGCAAGCGAGUUCUCAGGCCAGUACUACUACAACUUUGGACGCUGGUUUCCUGGUCCAACCCCCUACCCCUCACGGAGCAAGACUUUGUGAACCCCGCCCGAACAUUGCUGCAGGCUUAUUUGAGACUUUUUGGGAAUGCGGAUAAUGUCAUGCCUCUCGUCCAAAACCUCCUCUGCAAAGGUUCACCCGAAACUGCAGAACGACCUUGGAAGUAUCGCCUCACAGGGAAGGGUGAUAUUGAGGUGGUAGAACCACGCGCGUUCGAUAAACCUGGUAUCGAUCUGAACUGGAAUGAGCUGGAAGACAAGUCCACGACUUUGGUCAGUCUCGUCACAUCGGCUUGCUCGGCCGAGGAAGUCUCGUCUAUUUUUCUGAAUCUGCUCAGACGCUGGAUCCAAACGGCAGGCAAGCAGGAAGAUGACACGAAAGUCGACAUCCUUAUCCAAGACCAAGAUCAAACACCAGUGUCUCCAGUCCAGGAUCUAGUAGAAGUCACAGUUCUCCAGAAACUGAUCGACAAGGCGCCAGAGAAACUGGUCAGCCAUUUCGACCAGCUCGUCGAACUCAUUUGCCAAGUCUUCAAGGCCGAUACCAAGUCAACGCUAGGGGACGAUCUCAUGGCCGUGGUGCUCAGUUUGCUCAAUCUAGUCGUCACGGCACCCACUUUUCAAAAAUCACACAUCAAGGCGGACGAACUGCAGAUAAUUGAGACUUCUCUGGACAGACUGAGCAAAGCAGACCGAGCGCAAGUAUCGCCGACUGCGAAGAAUCUUUCGCUGCUCCUGAAAUACCGAGACGAGUUGAAUGACCCCGAUGAGCCGACUUCAGUGCCAAGUAACCGCCAGAUCGAGGAUCGAAAGACUUACAACUUGGCGAUGAACUAUGUCACAGGAGGGGCGGACAACCCACCCCCAGUCGUGUCGGAAGGCCUCAACCUCUUGUCCAGUCUCAUCAUGGCGGAAAGUCCAAUUUUGGAUAUCCCAGCAAUAACUGUGCUUAUGUCGAAUCUACUUGCGGAUAACGAAGACUAUAUCAACCUACGAGUGAUCAAGGUCUUUACCCAGCUGGCCAACAAGCAUCCCAAAGCAACUGUCCAAGAGUUACUUGAACACUACCUCGACGCCCAAGAGAAAUCAUCAACUGAUGUCCGGCUUCGAUUUGGCGAGGCUCUACUCCAGGUCGUCCAACGGCUCGGAGACACCUUCAUGGGUGAUGUUGCCCAACAGGUCAGUGAGACAUUGCUCUCAAUUGCCGGACGGCGUGGAUAUCGGCCCAAGACCAUGGCCAAGCAAGCUCGCGAGGAGAAGCUACAUAAGAUGAAGAGAAAGGAAUCCGACGACGCAGGGGCUAGUGACCUGCUUGACGAAGACGAAGAGAUGACCGAGGAGGACAAGGAGAGGAACGACAUUUUGGCACAAAUUCUACAGGGAUGGGAGAGCAAGAGAGGUAGCGAGGACGUACGGAUACGAGCAUCGGCACUAUCUAUCUUUGGCACUGCAAUCGAGACCAAUAUCGGCGGAAUUGGUCCGACAUUAGUCUCUGCCAGCGUUGACCUUUGCAUCAGUGUGCUUUCUAUGGAACGAGAGAUGGAGACGGCGAUUCUUCGACGCGCAGCCAUUCUGAACGUACUCAGUUUCGUCAGGGCACUGGACGCUGCCAGGGAAUCUGGGAGGAGUCUCGGGUUCGGCCUCACGAAUGAGAGUCGAGACGACAUUUUGAGAACACUCCGCUACGUGGCGGGAACCGACAACGACGGGUUGGUUCAGCAGCAUGCCAAGGACGUGAUCGAGAGCCUGGAAACUUGGCAGUUGGCAAGCAUGAUGCCGAGCCAGAACCUGCCGAGCGGCCCGGAAUUGACGAGCCUGGCCGGCCUCCACGUAAACCCCAGCGGGACGUUGGUCGACGCGGCUGGGCGGCCACGGCCCAGGAUCGAGGAGGUCGAAUGA